CUUGGCGCCACGGAAGCUCUCCAACGUUCGACACUGGCUUGACACUAUCCAAGUCUACCCGGAUCUACUUUCGCCAUGGAAUUUAAAGGCAGUGAUAGGGGCCCAUUUGUGCCCGCUCUGAUCGUCGUGGAUAUGCAGGAAGACUUCUGCCCACCCAAUGGAUCCCUCGCCGUGCAAGAUGGCCGAACACUUACUCCACUGAUAAACAAUCUCCUCUCCCAGCCUGGGUUCGUGACGCGCAUCGCAACCCUAGACUAUCACCCCGCAGACCACAUUUCCUUCGCCAGCAACCAUCCCCCGCCCAACAAUCGACCGUUCGAGUCUUUCAUCGAAAUGAAGAAUCCAGCACCGGAUAGGAAGACUGAAUCAAAGCCCCAGCAGCUCUGGCCGGUUCAUUGCGUGGCUGGAAGCCCCGGGGCAGAGUUGAUUCCCGAGAUUGACGCCGGUCGCAUUGAUUUGUUCGUUCAGAAGGGCAAGCAUCCGCAGGUCGAGAUGUAUUCUGCCUUUGCAGACGCCUUUGGAAACCUAGAUCCGGCGGUGACGGCACAAUCUGUCAAUGUGGAUAUUACAUCGGUGCUUGAAAAGAAAGGGGUCACGGAUGUAUUCGUCGUGGGGCUCGCGGGGGACUAUUGCGUGAAAUGUACUGCGAUCGACGCCGUCAAGGCUGGAUUCCGCAGCUGGCUUAUUGAAGACGGUACCAAGUGUGUGGUGCCUGCUAGUUGGGAUAAGGUGAAAGAGGAGCUUCGAGUUGCAGGAGUGUCGGUCAUCCAUGCCGGUGAUGCGAUUGUGAAGAAGCUGGCCGUAGCAGUGGCAUAGAUUGCCCGAUAGUUCUGUUAUGCUUUGGUAAAUUCGAUUUUGAUAAUUGAUUCCCCCCCGCCUUUUUUUUUCGUGUUGCUAUCUCUGGGUAUGGCGGACUAUAGGGAGGAGAAGGCCAUAACCCUUUUCCCGCAACUUAAGAAUCGGCAGAAUCUCAUUUCCAGGCAUCCUUU